CAUUGACAUGAGCAGCUGAAGGCUGAAGUUUAAUAAACACAAAAACAAAAAUAUAAAUUUCUCUUUGUAACUUUUAUUUUAAAAAUAUAGUUUUAUUUCACAAUUAAAAAAUGACCUCUGCUCUUUAUUUAGAACAUUAUUUAGACAGUCUAGAACAUUUACCUGUAGAGUUACAACGUAAUUUUACAUUAAUGAGGGAUCUGGAUACUAGGGCCCAAGGGAUAAUGAAAAAUAUUGAUACUUUAGCAGACGAAUAUCUAAGAAACCAAAAAAGUUUUGGUUCAGAUCUAAGGAAAGAACAAUUAGAUAAAAUUCAAAGUCUAUUCAACAAAGCUAAGGAGUAUGGUGAUGAUAAAGUACAGUUAGCAAUACAAACUUAUGAACUAGUAGAUAAACAUAUACGUAGAUUAGACAAUGACUUAAAUAGGUUCGAAACUGAAAUUCAGGAUAAAGCAUUGAAUUCUAGAAAUCAAGAAGAACCUGCAGUAGGAAAAAGGGGCAGGAAGAAAAUUAAAGAUGGAAAAACUGAGAAGAAAAAACGACUUGGCAAUUCUAGUGAGGAAGAUUCUACUGGCACAGUUAAGGGCAGUAAAAAGAAGAAACAAAAGGGUGCAGGGACUGGAAAUACAUCAGGUGGUAGUGUGGGUAGUGGAGCCAAGGCUGCGGCAGGUGAGGUCGCUGAAGCAGUUGCUGCGGUUCUUCCUGGUCUAGCUGGAAUAGCCCAUCCAAGUGACGUUUUAGACAUGCCUGUCGAUCCUAACGAACCCACUUACUGCCUUUGCCAUCAAGUGUCGUAUGGUGAGAUGAUUGGUUGUGACAAUCCAGAUUGCCCUAUUGAGUGGUUCCAUUUCGCAUGCGUGGGCCUGACAACGAAGCCGAAGGGAAAAUGGUACUGCCCCAAAUGUACGCAGGACAGAAAGAAGAAAUGAUAAGUACGUAGUUAAUCGCCAUUCCAAACCAUUAUGAAAUUUGAUAGAUUUAAAAAGUUAUGUCUAAAAAUUAAAUUUAUAUUUUAUUUUUGUACUUUUUAUUUUAGUACUAUAUCAGUUGAUCUCAAAAGGCUUUUUUGUAUUUUUAUUAACUUUGUUUUUUAAUUAAAUUUGACUAUUGUUGUUAUUAAUAUAAGUGGUAUAAAGUGGUGUUUUCC